AUGUGCGGUAUCUUCUGCUCUCUCAGCUGUCAUGGCUUUAUAUCGCCUGACGCCAACACAACCCAAUUACUGGUGAACCGUGGUCCGGACAGCACAGGCCAGCUCCAGAAAAUGAUAGACACGCGUUGCUCGUCGCGUGUUCACGCGACAUUCCUCUCCACCGUCCUGGCCUUGCGUGGUACCUCUAUCGUCCAGCAGCCUCUUGUCGAUACUGCCGCUGGCUCAGUGCUAUGCUGGAACGGUGAAGCUUGGAGUAUCGCGGGCGAGACUAUUCAUGGCAACGAUUCCGAAACCGUGCUCAAACGACUUGUUGAAGCCUGCACCGUCUCUGCAGCCGAAUCAGCAGCAGCCGUAGUCGCCCUCUUGUCUUCAAUCCAGGGACCUUAUGCCUUUGUAUUCUACGAUGCACGCCACGAGCGCGUCUACUAUGCACGUGAUUGCCUAGGCAGGCGCUCGCUGCUCAAAAAAGACACCGCUGAUGGUGCUCUUGUCCUCUCAAGCGUCUGCGACAAUGCUUCUGGCGAUGCAUGGACCGAAGUCGAAGCAGAUGGCUUGUACUAUGUAGAUCUUAGCCUUGUAGAGGAGACCAGGCCAGACUUUAUCCCAACACACAUGCCUCAUCGUCGUGCAAAUCAGCCCGAAGAUGCAACCCUUUCCUUUCCAUUAUCUUUUCCACUCAUCAACCGAGAAACUUCCACUCUACCACCUCACGUGCAUACUGAAACUGUGGAGCUACUCAAGAGCUCACUACAAAGGUCGCUUGCACUCCGCGUACAACACGUCCGAGAAGGUGUUCCAUCCGGCCCAGAUGGCCUCCAGUCCGACGCACAAGUAGCCAUACUUUUCUCUGGUGGCCUCGACUGCACCAUACUAGCACGCAUGUGUCAUGACCUCUUACCGCUAACAAAUUCCCUCGAUCUUCUCAACGUCGCCUUUGAGAAUCCUAGGAUCCACGCAAAUCUCGAGCAUGGUGCUAGUCCAUAUGAACUGUGUCCCGAUCGUGUGACUGGUCGAGCCUCACACGCUGAACUCAUGAGCACAUGUCCUGGCAGAGUCUGGCGGUUCAUCGAGGUCAAUGUGCCUUACACUGAUACUCAAGCGCAUCGUUCUACAGUCGUGGCUUUGAUGCAUCCCCACAAUACUGAAAUGGAUCUAUCUAUAUCAUUUGCGCUAUACUUUGCUGCGCGUGGAGUUGGCGUGACCCGAGUGAUCCACCAGGACUCACUCGGCCCAUACUCGUCGGCUGCACAUGUCCUCCUUUCUGGUCUUGGCGCUGACGAGCUUUUCGGUGGCUACCAACGACAUAGUACAGCUUACGCUAGACGGGGCUAUCCGGGACUGAUUGAAGAACUCGAGCUAGAUUUUGCUCGUCUUGGAAAACGUAAUCUUGGACGAGACGAUCGCAUCAUAAGUAAUUCCAGCAAAGAGGUUCGCUUUCCUUUCUUAGACGAGGAGUUUAUUGCUCUGGCGCUUCGACUCGAGGUCACUGCCAAAUGUGACUUCGGCAGUCCCCAAGAUGAACAUUCUGAUGAUCUAUUGGUCAUGCUUGAGCCCGCGAAGAGAGCGCUUCGUUUGCUGGCUUGGAAUCUAGGUAUGCACAAAGUUGCCAGGGAGAAGAAGCGUGCUAUACAAUUUGGCGCCCGCACCGCCAAGAUGGAAACGGGCAAAACAAAGGGCAAGCACGUGCUCGUAUGA